AUGAUGAUGAUAUAUUUGGGUGGAAAAUAUUAAAUAUAUAUUUCAGAUAAGGAUUAAUUUAAAUAUUUUGUAAUGGCAGAGGAAAAGGAUACAAAAACAGUCCCCCUUGAUGAGAAUGAUAUCAACUUAUUGAAGAAAUACGGUAUGGGUCCAUAUGCUGAGAAAAUAAAGUAAUUGGAGGAGGAAAACAAGGCUUCGGUUGCCACAAUAAACAAGAUGGUCGGAAUCAAAGAGAGUGACACAGGGUUGAGCAUCCCAAGCACAUGGGAUUUGGUGGCUGAUCAAAAACUUGCUUCAGAACAUCCAUUGACAGUGGCUAGAUGCACCAAGAUAUUCAAAUCAUCUCUUCAACAAAAGGAUCUUUAUAUGAUCACUAUCAAGCAUAUUGCUAAGUAUGUGGUAGGUUUGGGAGAGAAAGUGGCCCCAACAGACAUAGAGGAAGGAAUGAGAGUCGGAGUUGAAAGAUAGAAAUAUGCAAUUUAAUUGCCAUUGCCACCCAAGAUUGAUCCCUCUGUCACUAUGAUGACUGUGGAGGAUAAGCCCGAUGUUACAUACAAUGACAUUGGAGGAUGCAAAGAAUAGUUAAAGAAAUUAAGGGAAGUAGUCGAAAUGCCUUUAUUGAAUCCAGAAAAAUUUAUCACUUUGGGUAUUGAUCCUCCAAAAGGUGUACUGAUGUAUGGACCACCAGGAACAGGCAAAACAUUGACAGCAAGAGCAGUGGCCAAUAGAACUGAAGCAUGUUUCAUUCGUGUUAUUGGAUCAGAGUUAGUUUAGAAAUACGUAGGAGAAGGAGCAAGAAUGGUUAGAGAGUUGUUUUAAAUGGCAAGGACUAAGAAGGCAUGCAUCAUAUUCUUUGAUGAAAUCGAUGCCAUUGGAGGAGCUAGACAUGAUGAUGGAAAUGAUAAUGAUGUUUAAAGAACAAUGCUUGAAAUAGUUAAUUAAUUGGAUGGAUUCGAUUCUAGAGGCAAUAUCAAAGUGUUGAUGGCUACAAAUAGACCAGACACAUUGGAUCCAGCACUUUUGAGACCUGGAAGAUUGGAUAGAAAAGUGGAAUUCGCUUUGCCAGAUCUAGAAGGAAGAGCAGGCAUAUUUAAAAUUCAUGCCAGAACAAUGAGUAUGGAAAAAAACAUUAGGUACGAAUUAUUGGCAAGAUUGUGUCCUAAUACAACUGGUGCUGAUAUCAGAAGUGUUUGCACAGAGGCAGGCAUGUUUGCAAUUAGAGCUAGAAGAAAGGCUAUUAGUGAAAAGGAUUUAUUAGAAGCUAUUGAAAAGGUCAUUAAGGGAUAUCAGAAGUUCUCAGCAACUCAAAAAUAUAUGGUUUAUAAUUGAUUAUUAUAUACAUAAAUAAAAGCAUAUUGUUAUA